AUGCUUUUGCUUGAGAAACGAGGGGUAGAAGUGGUAAUUACGGAAGACGUCAUCAAUGCUGCCGCUACAAGUGGGCAAGAAUCAGUUCUACAUAUCAUUGACACACAUUCAAAGAUGCUAUCAUCUCAGGAAAAGUGGUUUGCAAUUGCUCAAUUCUAUAAAGCAGCUAAAUUUGGGAACAAAGGGAAAAUUCAAAGCUUGUUAGAACGAGGGGUUGAACUGGACCUUCCAAACCCUAGGAAGGUGACGCCUCUAUGGAUCGCUGCUACGUAUGGUCAUAUCGAGGUAGUCCAGUUACUCCUUGAAACGAAAUCCGUCAAUGUCAAUGCUACUGAUGUUUCCGGACGAUCACCUAUCUUCUGGGCAGCUGCAAAUGGAUAUGAAGAGAUUGUGUGGCUCUUGUUAAACACCGGGGCAGAUCCGACCUUUAUAGAUGUCAAUGGCGAUACUGCGCUUUUGGUUUCUAAACGAUAUGGACGUCGUAAGACUGUGGAUAUGUUGAAUGCUUGGAAGUAA